CAUGAUAUCCCCCGAAUUGUCCCACUCUCUCUCUGCCAAUUGCCAUCUUUCUCCACUCUUUGCUGCUGUCAUUCAUAACUUCUUCUCCUCACUCUCACUCUCACUCUCACUCUCUCUACACAUCUUCUUCAAAGUAACUGAAAAACCUUUGUGCGUUAUCUUAUCACAACAACAACAAGAAUUAGCACGAUGCUGGGCAUGGGGACUCUAACUUUGAGUUCACCAACUACAAUGGUAGCUCAAACGACUCUUACCUCUUCCAAAAAGCUCAUCCUUUCUAACAGAACUCACUCUUUACCAAUGAGUUUGGUCUCUCCCACAAACCAAAAUUUCAAGAAACAUAAACCUUUUAUCACUGCUGUUUCUUCUGUUCAAUCUGACAACGUUGGUUCUUCUGAUGCUCCUGCCACCAAGAGUGAGUUCACCAAAUACUAUUUCAUUGUUGCAAAUGCAAAAUUUAUGCUGGAUGAUGAGGAGCAUUUCCAAGAACAACUAUUUGAACGCCAACGCUACUAUGGAGAGCGUAAUAAAGAACAGGAUUACUGGCUUGUCAUUGAGCCUAAAUUCUUGGAUAGUUUUCCUGACUUUACCAAGAAACUGCGGAGGCCUGCUGUUGCUCUAGUGUCAACCAACGGUCCAUGGAUCACAUUCAUGAAGUUGAGACUGGAUCGAGUUUUAUCAGGAAGUUUUGAAGCUGACAGCUUAGAAGAAGCAUUAGCCUCCAAUCCUACUAAACUGGAAUUUGAGAAGCCUGCAAAAUGGGUGGCACCCUAUCCUAAAUAUGAAUCUGGAUGGUGGGAAACUUUCUUGCCCUCUGGACAGAAAGAGGUGAACUCUUGAGACUUUUUUUUUUUCCCAUUCUGUUUCAGUAACCGGAAUUUGUAGAUCUAUUUCUCCAACAAUUUUUGUUAAUGUAAAACUGUAUGUAGUUUAUGUCAGCUAAAUUUGCUUUCAGUUUUGUAAUUUUUGGAAGGCAGUAUAAUUAUUUAAAGUUCAACUGUUGUCCUUAGGAUCUAAGUUCUAGGUAUUGUUUUUAUGCCUCAAAUGAGUGAAAUAUAGAUAUUGUUGUAAAAUUGAUGUUCUCUUUUGCUUGAAAGCUCCGACUGCGUGUUUGA